UCCAUCACUCACUCCCACGCUGCUCUUCACACUCUUCUCGCCCAAAAAAAAAAAGAAACAAAAAAUCACUUCCACUUCUUCUUCUUCUUUUACUUCUUCUCUGUUCUCCUCUGUUCUCUUAACCCGUCAACCUCACUUCAAAGUUCGCCCCCACACACACACAAUUAUAAAUAAUUAUUAAAUAAAAAUAAAUACGAAAAUAUACUUUUAAUUUUUAAUUUUUUUUUGCACUUUCUCUGUGCUCUGCGGCGUCGUUUUUUCGGGAGGACACUACACUUGAAUUAUGGCGGAGAAUAUCCCGGCGCCGGAGGCUCAGGUCAACGGCGGAGGAACGCUUCCUCCGGCGAACCCCUCCGAGCAACUAAUCGCAUCGAAGCGCCAGAGAAGGCCAAGUGUCCGAUUGGGCGAUAUCGGAGGAGACCAACACUACGAUACGCACCCUCGACGGAGCACCAAGCCAUGGCGGAUCCCCUUCGACGGCCACCACCAACACCACCACCUCCGCAAGGACAAUCCAGGUAAACCCUCCAAAACUCGUCCUUUAACCAAUUUGAGCUCCGGUGGCGGCGCCGCAGAGUUCGGCGAAACCCUAGAGGGCGAAGAGCGCGAAGGGAACAUCGAUAGCGUUGUGAUUGGUAGCUGGAAGGUGAAGGAUUCCAAGAAACGAGGAGCGAAGAGGGUUAGAUCGAACUGGGUUUCGAGAAUCGACGACGGCACCAGCGUCGGCGGUGGCGGUGGCGGUGGCUCUGGCGGUGGAGAUGGAGAAGGAGAAGAUAAGUAUAGUGGCGGCGAGGAUGUCGACGACGGGUAUCGGGAUUUCGAUGUGGAGAAUACAGAGAGCCCUUUGAAGGAUCAAAGCCCUUUGAAUUCAAUGGAGAAUCUGGAUUUUCAGGGUAAUAGGAGGAACAUUAGGGUUAGGGUUUCAGAGGGUGCAAGGGAGCACCUUGAUGGGGUUGAACUUUCUGGGCCUUCGGACAAUAACGGUAUUGUUAGGGAAAAUAAUAAUAGGAAUGGGAGAGGAAGGUAUAUUGGUGACGGUAAUGGUGUAGAUGGUGUUAGAGUUUGGCUCAAUGGGUUAGGGUUAGGUAGGUAUGCACCUGUGUUUGAAAUUCAUGAGGUGGAUGAUGAGGUUCUUCCAUUGUUGACUCUUGAGGAUCUCAAAGAUAUGGGGAUCAAUGCUGUUGGGUCAAGAAGGAAAAUGUACUCUGCAAUUCAGAAGCUUGGAAAAGGGUUCUCCUGAGUUUUCUUUUUUUAUUAUCUUUUCUUUUUAGAUUUAAUUUCUUUUUGGUUUAUAUCAUGUACCAUGAGAGAAUUCUCAGCCAUUGCAAAAGAAAAUUAAGAUGCAUGUCUGAACUAUGAGUUAUAGAGUAUGUUCUUCCUUCUUACAUAACUUA